AUGUGGAAUCGAGAGAGCGAGGAGGUCCCAGUCGAGGAGUCGCCACUGACGGCGGCACGGCGCAACGUACUGCAGCGCCAGGACAGCCCGCAGCCUACUGAAAAGGCGGCUCGAUCCUUCUGGUCUCUUCUGGGACGGAAGGGCGCGAAGACCUCCCAUGCAAAGACGCGGGCGGAGAGACGGGCGGAACGCUGGGAGAGACACCGCAACUUUGAGCGGGUUCGCUUCGAGGUUGGAGAUGGCGAAGAUCCCGAGGAAGCCGACACAAAGAAUGCCCUGGGGUCCACGGCAUAUCUGGAAAGCCUCAGGAUGCAGAGGAUGGUGAACUCGGCACAGAAUUUUCAGCCGCGCUCUCGACAGCAAAUUUCGCCUAUUGCAAAGCACGCAAAAGGUGCGGUUCAGAAGCAGGACCUGGCCAUGGAGGAUGUGACGGAGAAAGCGUUGAACCUGGAGCAUUGGUUUGACUCUGGGCUCCACCUCGGAGAGGUCCUCCAGCCGAAGAAGAUGCCACCUGCAGGUUACGAAGUCGCAGCCUGGUCAGAACAUGUUCCUUUCCUGAAGCAUCUUCGAACUGGCGUGGUCCUCUGGCCCGUCCGCUUCAACCUGCUGCCCUUCUUUGAAGCUCUUGAAGGGCAGAUGGCCUACCGUCGGCUCGUCACGGUCUAUCACUACACCACCGGUUCUGGCUUCAACAGGAUUGUGGCUCGUUUUGACACGCGGACCAGCGACUUUCCUGCGGCUCAUGACUUCGCCGAGGAACUCUGGGAUAGGUUAGUGGAAGACGCUCAAGGACUCGAAGCGCAUGGUGCAGACAUUCCCGACGACGCUUUUGUUGCGAUCAAAGACCCCCCCGACAUCUUCACAGACCGUGAGAAGCUGUGCAGGGCGGCCUGCAGGCUUCCCGAUGGACAUGGACGCGUGCUGCCUCUGAGCCGCGUCUCCUACUGCAUUGCUUUACACGUGCCAGAGGACAGGAUUCUGAGCAACAGGCAGUGGAAAUCCACCGUCUUUGUUGCAGCGCCUGGAAGCGUGGACGAUGAUGACUUCCAAAGCUUGUCGACAGGGACGAGCACCACCGGUGAGGAUUCCAAAUUGCGCUGGCUUGGCUUCAUUGGUGACAGCUCCAAGAACAGCAGGAAGCAACAAGAAAAGCUCUUGGCAGAGGUGAAAGUAUUGGGUCUUUUGGAUGGUCUCGUUGAUCCCGAAACUGGCGACGUGUUGCAGGACGAGCAGGCGAAAGCUGCCAAUGAUGGCAAUUCCAGGCGAAGUUCGAUCACGUCAGCCGGAUCCGUUCCAACUCACGACGGGGAGGACGAUCAAGAGAAGAAAAUGGUGGAGGAGCGAAUUGCAUUCCUGGAGAAGGAAUUGCAGCGCUGCGAGCGCAAGCAGCGCAAAGCCUCUGCAGACACCGGUGGGCCGCUGGCUUUCUUCGACCUCGAUCCAGAGAGAAUUAAGCGGCUUAGCAAUAUCCACCAGCGACUGACCGACGACUUAUCUCAAGCUCGUGCGCAUCUGCGAAGCUUGGAUGAUGAGGAGACGCGAUCUUCUCGUCGCCGUGAGGCACUCCUGCAGGCAGUGACCGAUGGCAAGGCCUCUUCCGCAGGAGCAGUGAAGGCAAAGAGGCAUGGUCCUCAAUUCUCGGAGUUCGCUGCUGACACUCGCGACACCAUUUGUCACAUGGGCGAUGAGUACAAGGAUCUCAAGGGCGAUAUCUUGCGUGAUAUGUUGGGAGGCUCUGUGACGGCUGCGCGGACUUGGUUGGAAAGUAAGGGCGACCCAGAUACAUAUCAUGCUGGUACUGGUUGGACUCCGCUGUUGAUGGCAGUAUCCACUGGGAAUAUGGAGCUGGUGGAGCUGCUUAUUUCUUACAGGGCGAGCCUGACACUCCCGGCGAAAGGCUCCGGGGAAACGUGUGUCCACCUAGCAGUGUACAAGACUACAAGUGAAAUGCUUCACAAAGUACUGGAUGUGCAUGGGCCAGCUACCAAGGAGGUACGCAACGACGGAUCCACAGCGCUGAGUCUGGCAGUGGAAAAGGCUCCAGCACGUGUGAAGAACGAGUUCAUACGUGCUCUCCUAGAGAAACACUCGGACCCGAACGUGAAGCGCAAGGAUGGCUGGACGCCCCUGGGCCUCGCUGUUCGAAGUAAUCUGCGCCACGCGACAAAAUCAAUGGUUGCUGCACAUGGGGCCAUUUUGACCAUAGUUCCGGACACCAAGCCGCCGCUUACUCUUUGGGAGCUGGCGGCUCCACAGUUGGACCUCCAGAAAGUCAUUCGAAUGAAGCUUCCGAGCAAGGACUUGUCGGAAAUCGAGAAACGAUGGCCGGGAACCCUGCUUCAGAUGGUCGAUGAUGACUAG